UUCUGAUGUCUGACCCCGCCCCUUCUUGCAUGUGCGAACGCUUGUGGCGUGGAUGUCACUGGACGCUGAUAGUAUUUAAGGACCCUCCGAGCUCAGUGCGGUCCAUCUGCCAGUGGGUAACGGACACAUCACUCUUACAAGAAAUUAUUUUCCGCUACAAGCUCAGAACCAUCGUUUCCCCAGAAAUGGGUUAUUUUACGACGGGCCUUUUCUUCGCCGCGCUCAUUUCUCUUGCGGUCCCCUAUAGUCUCGAUGAUCUUAAAGGAGCCGUACUGGAGAAGCUAGGACUGAAGGAACUUCCUAACAUCCACAAGCGGGACUUGGAGAACCUUGUCAUCCCGGCGCACAUCAAGAACAAGUACCUGUCCAUGCUGAAGCUGCACAACAAGCGGCGGCGCCGAUCUCUGCCCAGUCUGGCUGGCAUUCUCAGGGGUAUCUCUGGAAAUGCAGACAUAUCGGGGGAGGUGAUGUACUCAGACACCACCCGGCAAAGACUCGUCUUUGACAUGGAAGCCAGGAUUCCCGAAAACAGCGAGGUCACCAUGGCUGAACUAAAGUUGUUCAAGAAGGCACCUCGCAAAUUGUCUAUUCCCGAAAAAAAGAACCACCGGCCGGUUAAUAAUGCAAGAGUCAGCAUCUACUGGUUGGAGGUCCUGGAAAAUGGAUCCAACAGAACAUCUCUUGUGGACUCAAGGUUGGUCCCCAUCCACGAAACUGGCUGGAAAAGCUUUGACGUGACACAGGCGGUUCAUUACUGGUCAAAGGCGCAGCGAAAAGCCCCGCUGCAUCUGGAGGUGUGGAUCGAAGGCGAGAGACCGGGCAGCUAUGCCGCCGAGCUGGCCAAGUCGGUGCACUUUACCACCCAGGACCCAACGGACAAGACCCUGGGAAAACCAGAGCUCGUCCUUUAUACACUGAACCUUGAGGAAUUCGGCUCACGCGGCGAUUGCGACGCCAGCAAAGUAAACAGCGUUUGCUGCCGGGAGGAAUACUUCAUCAACUUCCGAGAGCUGACCUGGACGCAGUACUGGAUCAUCGAGCCCGCCGGUUACCAGGCGUUCAGGUGUGCCGGAGGCUGCAAGCAGCCGAAGCGUAAUUACGGAUACGGGGAGCGGAGCUGCGCCGCGGUGGAGAGCGCGCCGCUACCGAUGAUGUACCUGGUGAAGAAGGGCGACUACACGGAGAUCGAAGUGGCCGAGUUUCCCAACAUGAUAGUCGAAAAGUGCGGGUGUACGAUGGACAACAUUUCUGUUGUUUGAUCAGUUUUUUUUCUUUUCCAUUCUGUAAGGCGGAAGGGAAACAUAGUACUUUCAUAUUUAAGUGUUAAUGAGUUAUAUUCCUUUUGUAUACACUGAAGAUGCACCGUUUCUCCACAUAUCACUUGAUUUAGCAGCACUU